UGCAGCAAGCUCACCAAACCAUUUAACUAAAGACAACUAAUAAAGCAAUUUAUCUUACUAUGUAAGCAGCAUAACAUGCUGUGUUUGAAAAUGCAGCCCAGUUGUUGCAGAUCUGUAAAGACAGAUCUCUAAGCCGGUCUUAAACAUCUAGCAUCUAAACGCCAGUUUAAACUAUGAACAGUAAAGCCUGCAGAGAACAUUGCAGUUGCUGUUUCAUCUGAGUCCACCCACUUUGGACCCAAAAGAUACUGUAGCAGAGAUGAUAAACAUACGCAACAAUCUGGCUGUAGUUCUUUGACUCCAGCUUUCUAAAAAGUUUGGCUUCUGUCGCAGAUCCUCUCUUGAGAGGCCUUUUUUUGGUGUAAAUUAUUUAGCUGAAAGUAGCUGCUCUAUCUGCUCAGCAUUAACUUGGACCAGCACUGGAACUCUUGUGGGAACCCCCUGCCCCGCUCCAAACAGCAUGACCUGCCCUUAUAAGGCUCUGUGAAUAUUCUAAGCACUGGGAGGAGGAGAUCGAGGCCACACCAAUUCCAGUCAAGCGGCCCUCUAACUUCCAGGGCUGGGAUUUCUAACUGGUAUGUGACUGAUAUAGCCAGGCUGUGCCAUGCCCACAGAGCAAAGCACUGCCUGAAGGGAGUGGCUGUAGGGCACAGGGCCCUGGGGAUGAGUGGAAUGUUAAGAGUUCCUGUACCUGUCCCAUCUUGUCCAAAUUUACCAAGUUUGUUGCAUUCAUUUUGAUUGAGGUAUAUGGCGUUAUAUUACUGCCAAAUGGGAUAGUAUUGUGAAAACUGUGUUUGAAAUAAUGAGAACAUUUGGAGACUCUUGCAGUUUGUUUAGAAAGUGGUGAGAGUAGCUGGCUAUUUUUACACAAUUACAGACUGUAUCUAGGUUACAUAAGGGACACAUUUGCAUAGUCAAUGACACAAUCAAUAUACAGUGCCAGCGAGUGCAGCUCCAGUGACGUAGGACUUGUGAACGAACCUGCAGCUAACUCAAAAUGUCGAGCGAAAAGAAGGAUGAGAAAAAGGAAAGCUUUUUACAACAGCAAUACAAAAACUCUCCAUGACCAUGUGUUCAUUUUUCUGGAUGUUUUGUUUCAACCAUAGAAGAGCUUAUUGCUAGACCAUUUGACUAUUCUUUAACUGUUGCACCUUAAAUGUGGUAUUAUGGAUUGAACUUAACCCUACCCAUUUUCUGCAUCUGUCUGCAGUCCCCUCCCCCUCCACUGGCAGCUGAGAUGUAUGUUUAUAUCUGCAGGCUAGUGUACCUCCUCCCACUAGAUUCCAACUCUGCUUAUGUGGAGGAAUGGUGCAUAUGUUUAUGGAACACGUAAGGAAGUGCCAGUUAAGCCAAAGUGCUAGGUAAGUGGAAAAACUAGCACUGUUGGAGAUGUGCAUCCCUGUGAGUGUGUUGGUUGGGAGCAUUGUGUAUUCAGGCUUUUCAAACACUGAAAAUAGUUAAUGAUUUGAUGGGCUGGUUUGAAGAGAUCUCUUCCUGCCCCAGCCAACAUAGCAGUGCACGCAGAGCAUUUUGACGAGAGGGGAAGUGUGUUGCUUCAGCGUCAUACUUGCAUUAGCAUGCUAUGAAAGGUAUGACUCGCAAAAUCCUGAGGUGAUGGGUAUGAUUUUCAGAAACUGGGAGGGUUUCGUGUAAAUCUAUCUGCUCACAUUGAGAAAUGAUGAUUGAAGACUUUUUCCUGACCUAUUACCACAUAGUGUGCGAGCCCUGGGUGGGGCAGAAUUUAGUUCCUCUCUUCUCAUCACUUGUUGCAUUCUCUCAUCUCUUUUUCUCACUUUCUCAGCUGUCAGUUUUCCACCCAUAUGGUACACAUUGACAUCACAGCUAGCAGUUUUUUUGCACGUCCCUAUUUUCUUUACACCUCCUUUUGCAUAUAUCUGUCUAUAUAUCUCUAAAUGAUAACUUCCUGAAUUGACAGGCAACAUGAUUGACAAGUAAGUAGUAGAGUUCUGAUUCGUUAAUUGUUGGUGGUGCAACGAUAUCUGUGUUUUCUCCACUUUUUUAAACCUGGGGCAUGAAGAGACUGGAGUUUUUCCUCUGAAUAGACAGUUUAUUGAAUAUGCUGCAAAACCUUUUUUUUUUUUUUUUUGCCAAAAACGAUACUGUCCCGACUUGCUCCUACCUCAGCUUCUGAUCUACUCUGCCAUAAAAUUUCUCUCUUGCUGUUCCAUCUCUUCUCUUCCCAUUUUACCUCCUCCUCCCUGUCAUUCUUUUUCCCAGCCCUUUUUGGUCCAUGAUCUUUGUGGCUUUCUAACACUUUCUCGCCCAGGGCUGUGACACAUCAGUAAACAAAGAGAGACUCUUUCAGCUGGAGUUUGCCCUGACACCAAAUUCUCAGAGAUUGUUAGAGAGAGGAGAGAUUGGACUGUGGCAGCAACAGGCCAGUCAGCUGUGCGUCACCAGGAGGGAGAAGCCCAAGUUUAUUAUUGUUCUACUCUCUGCUGUAGGAUUGUGUAUUUACACUGGAGCAGGACAAAGCGGAGGCGGUGGGCAGUGACGGUGUGCGGGCAAUGAUGGAGAGUGCCCUGACAGCCAGGGACCGGGUGGGAGUGCAGGACUUUGUCCUGCUGGAGAACUACACCAGCGAGGUGGCCUUUAUCGACAACCUGCGCAAGCGCUUAAAGGAGAAUCUCAUCUAUACCUACAUUGGCUCAGUGUUGGUGUCAGUGAAUCCUUAUAAAGAGUUGGAGAUCUACACCAAGCAGCAUAUGGAGCGGUACAGGGGUGUUAACUUCUACGAGGUCUCCCCUCACAUUUAUGCAGUGUCUGAUAAUGCGUAUCGCUCCAUGCGGACGGAGAGACGGGACCAGUGUAUCCUGAUCUCAGGAGAGAGCGGUGCUGGGAAGACUGAAGCCUCUAAGAAAGUUCUGCAGUACUACGCCGUCACCUGUCCUGCCAGCGAACAAGUGCAGACCGUGAAAGACCGCCUACUGCAGUCCAACCCUGUUCUGGAGGCCUUUGGAAAUGCUAAAACUCUGCGCAAUGACAAUUCGAGCCGUUUUGGGAAAUACAUGGACAUCCAGUUUGACUUCAAGGGCGCUCCAGUUGGGGGUCAAAUCUUAAACUACCUGCUGGAGAAAUCUCGUGUCGUGCACCAGAGCAACGGAGAACGAAACUUCCACAUUUUCUAUCAGCUCCUCGAGGGCGGCGAGGAGGAUCUGCUCAGGAGACUCGGCCUGGAGAGGAAUGCACAGCAGUACCAGUACCUCGUGAAGGGUAAUUGUCCCAAAGUGAGCUCCAUUAAUGACCGCAGUGACUGGAAAGUGGUGAGAAAAGCUCUGAGCGUCAUUGGGUUCAGUGAUGAUGAAGUGGAGGAUCUAUUAAACAUCAUUGCCAGCGUGCUACAUUUGGGGAAUAUUCAGUACGGGAGUGAGGAUGGUGGCAACGCCUACAUUACCGUAGACAUCCAGAUUAAAUAUUUAGCCAGGUUAUUAGGUGUGGAUGGCUGCAUUCUCAAAGAGGCUCUGACAAAUAAGAAGAUUACUGCCAAAGGAGAGGAGCUGAUGAGUCCAUUGAAUCAGGAGCAGGCUUCUUCAGCACGAGAUGCUUUAUCUAAAGCCAUUUAUGGACGCACCUUCACCUGGCUCGUGAACAAAAUCAAUACUUCUUUGGCCUUCAAGGAGGACUUCUUCAGCGGUAAGAAUAUGUCUGUCAUUGGGUUGUUGGAUAUCUACGGGUUUGAAGUCUUCCAGAACAACAGUUUCGAGCAGUUCUGCAUCAACUACUGCAACGAGAAGCUGCAGCAACUCUUCAUCGAGCUGACCCUGAAAUCAGAACAAGAGGAGUAUGAAGCUGAGGGAAUCACGUGGGAGCCUGUGCAAUAUUUCAAUAAUAAGAUUAUUUGUGAUCUUGUGGAGGAGAAGUUCAAAGGCAUCAUCUCUAUCUUGGAUGAGGAAUGUCUGAGGCCAGGAGAUGCCACCGACGUAACUUUCCUAGAGAAGCUGGAGGGCACGUUAGCCGGCCAUGCCCACUUCUUAACUCAUAAGCUGGCUGACGGAAAGACCCGGAAGGUGAUGGGUAGAGAUGAGUUUAGGCUGCUUCAUUAUGCCGGAGAAGUCAACUACAACGUAAACGGCUUUCUGGACAAGAACAAUGAUCUCCUCUUCAGAAACCUGAAAGAGGUGAUGUGCAUGUCGGAAAACAAGAUCCUCACUCAGUGUUUUGACCGCGAAGAGUUAACGGACAAGAAGAGGCCAGAAACGACGGCUACCCAGUUUAAGAACAGCCUGGCCAAGCUGAUGGAAAUCCUCAUGUCUAAGGAACCGUCAUACGUGCGCUGCAUCAAACCUAACGAUGCCAAGCAGGCUGGCCGAUUUGACGAUGUUCUGAUCAGACAUCAAGUGAAGUAUCUGGGCCUGAUGGAGAAUUUAAGAGUAAGGAGAGCGGGCUUUGCGUACCGGCGCCGCUACGAGAUCUUCCUCCAGAGGUACAAGUCACUGUGUCCAGACACCUGGCCCAGCUGGGAUGGUCGCUUGGUAGAUGGAGUUUCCACACUUGUCAGGCACCUGGGCUACAAACCUGAGGAGUACAAACUUGGCAGGACCAAAAUCUUCAUCCGUUUUCCAAAGACCUUGUUUGCAACAGAAGAUGCAUUAGAAGUCAGAAAACACAGUCUUGCAACCAAGCUUCAGGCGAACUGGAAGGGAUGCUGUCAGAAAUCCAAAUACCGUAAAAUGAGACGAUCUGCUAUCCUGAUUCAGGCCUGGUGGAGAGGAAUUUUGGCCCGCAGGAGAGCACGUGGCAGAAGACAAGCUGCUGACACCAUCCGCAGAUUCAUUAAAGGAUUCAUGUACCGUCACCAGCCACGCUGUCCUGAGAACGAAUACUUCCUUGACUAUGUGCGCUACUCAUUCCUAAUGAAGCUACACAGGAGUUUGCCUAAAUCAGUACUGGACAAGAGCUGGCCUACACCACCACCUGCCCUGACUGAGGCAUCAGAGCACCUCCGCAAGCUGUGUAUGCAGAACAUGGUGUGGAAGUACUGCAAGAGCAUCAACCCAGAAUGGAAGCAUCAGUUGGAGCAGAAGUCGGUGGCCAGUGAAAUUUUUAAGGACAAGAAAGACAACUACCCUCAGAGUGUCGCCAAGCUGUUUGUGGGAACAAGGCUCAAUGGGGAGGAUAUCAAUCCUAAAGUGCUCCAGGCUCUGGGCAGUGAGAAGAUGAAGUAUGCUGUUCCAGUGACUAAAUAUGACAGAAGAGGAUACAAACCACGUUCACGGCAGCUGCUACUGACUUGCAGCAGUGCCGUCAUAGUAGAGGAGACUAAGCUGAAACAGCGCAUUGAUUACAGUACUCUGAAAGGCAUUUCUGUCAGCUCCCUCAGCGAUGGCAUUUUUGUCCUCCACGUUGCCUGUGAGGACAACAAACAGAAGGGUGAUGCAGUUCUACAGAGUGAUCAUGUGAUUGAGACGUUAACCAAAGUGGCAAUCUGUGCCGAGAAGAUCAACAACAUCAACAUCAGCCAGGGAAGCAUAACAUUCACAGUGAGUCAAGGAAAAGAAGGAAUGAUUGAUUUCACGUCCGGCUCUGAGCUGCUCAUUGCCAAAGCUAAGAACGGACACCUUUCAGUGACUGCCCCUCGCCUCAAUUCAAGAUGAUUGAUCCGUCCUGACCAGUGACCGCAGACAAAGCUGCACUCUGCCAAUGAGACGCCAAAGGCUUUGCUUCCACUUGUGAACUUCCAGCAAACUAAUCAAUAUUUAUAUUUCUGUGUUUGAAAUUUUUAAUAUUAUUGUUCUUUUAUGAUUUUAUUUUUGAAGCCAAGAAAUAACAAUAUAUCGGUGCAUAUUUCUUGCACUGUGUAUCUAUCUUGCUUAAUGUGGGGAACAAUAAUUUGAUGUCUGCGAAGCUUCUGCUUUAUGUACAAGGAAAAUCAGGGUUAGCAGUAAGAACUUUUGUUUCUGUUCACUUUUUCCAGGGACUCAGAAAGCAGAAUCAUCCUCUUGUAUUUUAGUUACAGUAGUGAGAGAACAUUUACUCCAUUUUUUUUUAUUAUUAUUUGAAAGUUUAAAUUAUUCCUUAGGAAUUAAAUAAACGCUAUACCAAAUACUUUUGCACGCAGUAGGAUAUUAAUUGUGAUUGGUAUAUUGUGGGAAAAUGUAUAAGGAAUAUUAAUUGUUUUGUUGAGAGUGAUGCUAAGUACAUUGAGAGCCUGUGUUAAGUCUUUUGGAAAUAUGAAGAAAGGAGUGAUUAUCUUAGUAUGAUCACAGUGCAUGUUGACCAACUCAUGAUGGUAAUGGAAGGCUGAGUGGGUUUUAUUCAAGCCAAGUUAAACUGAUGUGUUGGAAUAGACUUAUAUAUAUUACGCUCCUGUACACCAAACACUUUAGUCACACAUGAAUACCAUUACCCUUUACUAUGAUGACAUUUAUGCAAUUAUUUAAAGCUUAAGGCAAUGCUAAAUAUAGACGGUCUCUGUGAUUUGAUAAGCAAUGUGUUCUGCCUAUAGAAUAACUUUACUCCCAUUACAGUAGUAAAUAGUUGCCUCGCUCUUUCUACACUGGAUACAUAGUAAUGCUGUUUCCUAAUCCACAUGCUAUUUAGGCUCAAGGUAAGCAGCUGUUAGCUUGUGAAGAAGAACAUGGUAGUGAAGUAUCCACCAAAAAGGGGUUUGUGUACUGUAUGUAUGUAAGCACUACUUUUGUGCAUAAUGAAUAUGGUAUUUCAGGAACAAAAGUGCACAUUAGCACGACACAGUCAUGCACUUCAUCGGAAAUCAGGCACCUUUGUACUGUGUAUACAGUAUAAUCUUUGGUCUUGCCUUUUAUUGAUUGUUAAGGGUCACUUUAGAAUGUGGAGCAAGUGCCUAUAUCGCAGUUAUUCUCACAGCGAAUAUUAAGCUUUAAAGAAGACACUAUUAUAACGCAGCUGUAAAAAGCUAUUCUAAGUGCCACGUGUAACAUAGAACAAAUAUAUAAAAGUAUAUUUUUUAUGGUUAUAAAUUGAUCCCAACGCUGUCCUUGGAAAAGCUAUGAUUAACGUUUUCUUACUGCACCUAUAGAUAAGCAUAAUUGACACUUGUGAUUUUGUUUUAUACUAUUUGUGUAAUUUAAAAAACUGAAAAAUGUUAUUUGGAUGCAAACUGACAAUAUACUUAAGCAUAAUAAAGCUGGUUUCCUAAAUAAAGCUUUUGUCAGUCCUAA